UCUACACCCCGCUUUCCAACAAAAUGGCUGUGGUGUAACGCAAGAUUAUGGAAAACCACGGAGUUAUGUGAAUUAUAUCGAAUAAUUUGGAACUUAUUGCUGGGAGAUUGGUGUUCUCAGUCCAGCCAUGGAUGUGAGCAACUCUCUGAAGAUGAGUUCCCUGACCAUUCAGAGUCUGUUUAGCUACGUGGAGGAGGAGAACCUCUCGGCCAUCAAAGCUCAUCUGGACAAGUACAGAGAGGUGGACACCAGAAGUGAAAACGGCCAGACUGCUCUCAUGGUGGCGUCAGAGCAGGGCAGUCUAGAGAUCGUGCAGGAACUCAUCCAGAGGGGAGCAAACGUAAAUUUGGAUGAUAUCGAUUGCUGGACCGCACUGAUUUCAGCUGCUAAAGAGGGACACACUGGAGUGGUGAAGGAACUCCUGGAGAACAAUGCCAAUGUGGAGCAUCGAGACAUGGGGGGCUGGAGUGCGCUCAUGUGGGCCGCUUAUAAGGGACGUGUGGAGGUGGCGCAGCUACUGCUGGAGAAGGGAGCAAAUCCAAACAUCACCGGACAGUACAGUGUUUACCCCAUCAUAUGGGCGGCAGGAAGAGGCCAUGCGGAGAUUGUUCAGCUGCUGCUUCAGCAUGGAGCCAAAGUCAACUGCUCUGACAAGUACGGCACUACACCCCUGAUCUGGGCUGCCAGAAAAGGCCAUUAUGACUGCGUGAUGCACCUGCUGGAGAACGGCGCCAAUGUGGACCAGGAAGGAGCGAACUCGAUGACUGCACUGAUAGUGGCUGUGCAUGGUGGAUUCACUGAGGUGGUGAAGGAGCUGCUUAAGAGAAACCCCAACAUGAAUAUGACUGAUAAAGAUGGCAACACGGCACUGAUGAUCUCUGCUAUAGAGGGAUACACUGAGAUUGUCCAAGAUCUAUUGGACGCGGGCACAUAUGUCAACAUCCCUGACCGGAGUGGUGAUACUGUGCUUAUCGGAGCCGUCAGAGGAGGUCAUGUGGAGAUCGUGCGAGCUUUGCUUAAUAAAUAUGCUGAUAUUGAUGUCAAAGGCCAGGAUGGGAAGACUGCCCUGUACUGGGCUGUCGAGAAAGGUAACGCAACCAUGGUACGAGACAUUCUGCAAUGCAACCCUGAUACUGAGGCCUACACUAAGGAUGCAGAGACUCCCCUCAUAAAAGCCACCAAGAUGAGAAACAUGGAAAUUGUGGAGCUUCUUUUGGACAAAGGAGCCAAAGUGUCAGCAGUGGACAAGAAAGGUGACACAGCCCUGCAUAUUGCCAUUCGUGGAAGAAGUCGUAAACUCGCCGAGGUGCUCUUGAGGAACCCCAAAGAUGGUCGUCUGCUCUACCGGCCCAACAAAGAGGGAGAGACGCCUUACAACAUAGACUGCACGCACCAGAAGAGCAUCCUCACCCAGAUAUUUGGAGCCAAGCACCUGUCUCCUUCUGAGUGUGACGGGGACAUGCUGGGCUAUGACCUGUACAGCAGCGCGCUGGCGGACAUCCUGAGUGAGCCCACCAUGCAGCCGCCCAUCUGUGUGGGGCUUUACGCUCAGUGGGGCAGUGGCAAGUCCUUCCUGCUUAAGAAACUGGAGGAUGAGAUGAAGACGUUUGCCGGGCAGCAGGUGGAGCCGUUGUUCCAGUUCUCGUGGUUGGUGGUGGUUUUGACUCUGCUGCUUUGUGGAUCUGUGGCUCUGGUCCUCGGCUUCGCUGUUGACACAAAGCUGGCCAUCGCUGUGGCCCUCAGCCUGCUCACUCUAGUGUACAUCUUCUUUGUGUUGGUGUACUUUGGUGGGAGAAAAGGAGGGGAGAGUUGGAGUUGGGCCUGGGUCCUCAGCACCAGACUGGCCCGCCACAUCGGCUACUUGGAGCUGCUUCUCAAACUCAUGUUCGUUAAUUCCCCCGAGCUUCCGGAACAGACCACCAAAGCCCUGCCUGUCAGGUUUCUGUUCACAGACUAUAACCGUCUGUCGAGUGUGGGAGGGGAGACGUCCAUGGCGGAAAUGAUAGCCACGCUGUCCGAUGCCUGUGAGAGAGAGUUUGGCUUCUUGGCCAGCAGACUUUUUAGGGUCUUCAAACAUGACGAAACUCAAGGAAAGAAGUGGAAGAAGACCUGUUGCGUCCCCUCCUUUGUGCUUUUUGUGUUGACGUCAGGCUGUCUGAUCACAGGCAUGACCCUACUAGCCAUCUUCAAGGUGGAUGGAGAGAACCUCACAGUGAACGCGGUUCUGAUCGCCAUGGCCAGUGUGGUGGGUCUGGCCGUGCUUCUGAACUGUCGAACCUGGUGGCAGGUGGCGGACUCUGUGCUGCACUCUCAGAGGAGGAGGCUACUCAACGCUGCCAACAGCAUGCACAAACUCAAGAGUGAGGGAUUCAUGAAGGUUUUGAAGUGUGAAGUGGAACUCAUGGCUAAAAUGGCUAAAACCAUUGACGGCUUCACUCAGAAUCAAACCCGACUGGCUGUCAUCAUCGACGGCCUGGAUUCCUGUGAGCAGGACAAAGUACUACAGAUGCUUGAUACGGUUCGAGUGCUCUUUUCGAAAGGCCCCUUCAUCUCCAUCUUUGCCAGUGACCCUCAUAUCAUCAUCAAGGCCAUAAACCAGAACCUCAACAGUGUGCUACGUGACUCCAACAUCAAUGGCCAUGACUACAUGCGAAACAUCAUCCACCUGCCUGUGUUCCUCAACAGUCGUGGCCUCAGCACCGCCAAGACACUCUGCAUUUCCACACCAGCCAACGCAGAUCAACUUAACCCUGAUGUGUGGCAGGAGGACAUGGACAGGAAGUUGUCUCAGAACAGUCUCGGCGAGCAGGGCAGGCAGGGCAGUAAAACAGCGCUGAACCGCCGGGACACGUACCGCAGGAGACAGAUGCAGCGCACCGUCACACGGCAGAUGUCCUGUGACCUGACCAAGAUGCUGGUCACCGAAGACUGGUUCAGUGACAUCAGCCCUCAGACGAUGAGGAGACUGCUCAACAUAGUGUCAGUCACAGGUCGCCUUCUUAGAGCCAAUCAGAUCAUCUUUAACUGGGACCGGCUGGCAUCCUGGAUCAACCUGACGGAGGAGUGGCCGUACCGCACAUCCUGGAUCAUUCUCUUUCUGGAGGAAACUGAGGGAGUCUCGGACCAGGUCACACUGAAGACCAUUUAUGAGAGGAUUUCUAAAAACAUCCCCACCACUAAAGAUGUGGAGCCUCUGUUGGAGAUCGAUGGUGAUAUUCGCAGUUUUGAGGUGUUUCUCUCAUCGCACACCCCUGUUCUCACCGCUCGUGAUGUGGAGAUGUUCCUGCCCUGUACUGUCAACCUGGAUCCCAAACUAAGGGAGAUCAUCGCAGAUGUACGAGAUGCACGAGAGCAGAUGCACCUCGGAGGAGUCAGUUAUCCCCCACUGCCCCUGCAGGACGCUUCGGCACGGCCACACUCUACAUUUGGGCAGAAUUCUUUGUCCUGCUCUCCCACGGGCUCUUUCCCUGGGUCUUUCCCCCCUGCUGGAGUGAUGCCAACCACUCAACCCCACAGCAGCUACUUUAGUGGGCUUACGGGACCCCAGCACCCCUUCUACAACCGGCCGUACUUCCCUCAUCAUGUUUAUCACCUGCCCCGAAAUUACCCUGGCAACCCCCAUCACACCCCUUCACGCCCUGCUUCUAAACAUAAGGACCCAAGUCUGGUACUAGAUAUAAUCAGAGAGGACUCACGUGAGGGUCUUCCCUCUCCAUCCCCCUCUAUGAUAAAAUCUCAGCCCUUCAGAAUGAAGCAGGGCUCUGGUUCUGUGGUUUCUAGUGGAGCUCAGGUCCUCCUCAGUUCUCUUAGCAUUGAUGGAGUGUGUGAGAAGCUCAGACAGAUCCAGGGUCUGGACUCCAGCAUGCUGGAACAGUACAUCGGCACAAUCAAAAAGGCCAACGUGAACGGUCGGGUUCUGUCUCAGUGCAACCUUGAUGAGCUCAAGAAGGAAAUGAACAUGAACUUUGGAGACUGGCAUCUCUUCAGGUCCAUGGUUCUAGAGCAGCGUCAUGUGGAGAACCAGCUGCUGAAUGAUGAAUCAGGAGCGUGCAGCGAGCAGGGCAGCAGCGUGUUGAUUCAACCCGAACCCCUCAGGCCCUCUGAAGCGCCACAAGACGUGACCAUCAACCCAGAAAACUUUGCGUACAGCCUCAACCUCAGCUUUGAAGAGCUCAGCGGCGUGGGGCUUGAGGAGCCCGCCAGACAACACAAUGCCCACUGGCUGGCCAACACUCACCGGACGUCCAGCAUAUCCAGCCUGACCUCUCAGGAAUCAUCCAAUGACAUCUGUAAGCUGACCGACAUGCAGCAGGCAGAGUAUCGCACCGCUUACCAGGAGUACAUCUCGCACAUGUCCCAGCUGGAGGUGUCUUCUGCUGGACGAGAGAGUCCCGCUCAAGCCCUGGCCGGCCAGUUCCCCCCAGCAAGCUCAGAGGAGAAGACUAAGGAAGGUGAGCAAGAUGUGCGCAAACCCCAUGUCAAAAAGGGCUCCAAACCCGCAGACACCAUAGCGGACUUCUCCUCAGCCCCGGAUGGUGCUUGUCUAGACCCCAUCACAGAGGAGGAUGAGAAGUCCGAGCAUGGGUCUGCCACUAAAAGACGCAAGACCAGAGGCCAGGGGCCUUGUUACCACAGCGUGCCGAGAGAUGAAGAAGACUCUGGGGACGAGGAGACAGACGCCACCCCGCUGCUGAGAGAGGAACCCUGGGCCGCCGAACCAGAUCUGGGCCUCUUAUCUACAGGGAAGAGCUUCGUUUCAGACAUCAUGCUGGACAAGAAAUCCUCUGACUCUGGAGUGAGGUCCAGCAGGAGCUCAUCCGACCACUCGCUACAAGAUGAGGAGAGCGAAUCGGCCCAGGAGAAGAAGGAAGAGGAGACCCAUCUGAUCGAACUGGUUCUUGAGAGCCCGGUUAAAAAGCGAGUCUUACAGCACAGGCUGGGCAACCUUCAAGACGAGGCCGUGGCCCGGAUGUCCAUCUGCUCUGACGCCCUGUCUGACAGCAGUACCCCUGAGGAAAGCUGGCCCGCUUCAGCCGUGAGUAACCUCAACUGCUCGACCGACAACACUGCGCUCAACAACAACCUCAACAACAGCACUCAACAGGAGACCUCCGGCUCCACCGACUGCCCCUCACUCAUUAUAAGGCCCGGAUCCAGCACAGAGACCAACCAGAACCUGCAUGGAGUCCAACGCAAGAGGUCCAUCGGUCCCGACGCCGCUGAGGAACGAGAGAGUGUCCUCUGAGCACAACCAGGUUUCUUUAACUCAAGGAUGCCCAGUUCUGUUCCUGGAGAUGUACCUUCCUGCAGAGUUCAGUUCAAGCACACCUGUCUGUAAUUAUCCAGUGCUACAAGAUCUUGUUUAGCUGGUUCAGGGUUGGAGCUGAACUUUGCUGGAAGGUAGGACAGGAACAGGACUGGUUCAUACGCUGUUACUGCACAUUUUCUUGGUGUUGAUUCUGCUUAGAUUCAUUUCAUAGUCCACACAUAAAUUCAAAAUUAGGUAUCACUGCAAAAUCUUUUUCUUAGACAGUAUUUUUUGUUUAGUUUUGCAUACAAAAUAUUUAAAGGU